UUUUCGCCAUUCUUUAAUAUGGUUGCAGCAAUAAAUUCACCAACAUUCGAUCAAAAUGAUCCAAAAUAUCAUUGUUGCUGUAAUAAAUUGCACUUAAAAGAAGGUGCUCGGAUUGUGACGAUCCUUUGCAUUUCAUUGACCUUUUGUAAUAUUAUCUAUGCAACAGCUCGUGGUGCAACACUUGCCUUGUCGUCUUGGCUUUCAUCUGCUUUUGCAGCUGCAAUUUUUGGGUGCCUUGCAUAUGGCGUUUUCAAGGAGAAACGUGUUUAUAUUUUACCAUAUCUAAUAUUUCAAGUAACGCUUUUCAUAUUUGUAUUCAUGAUCGGAUCAACUGUAUCGCCAAAAAUGCUUCGUCAACUUGCUGAUGAUUUAGUUGGAAUUGAUUUCAACAUGUCAAAUGAAGAAAUCAUCUCAGAACUGCAAACAUUCAUGAUAUUUUUCUUAAUAUUCUUGACAACAUCACUCCUAUUACAAUUAUGGUUUCUUGAUACGGUGUAUAGAUUUCGUGAAUUUUUGAAGGAUCGCGAGAAUUCAUUUACUUUUAAUUUAGAAGGAAUUUUUCAAACAAAUAGCAGCGUUUAUAGCACAGCUGAAGAACUUGGAUGCGUACCAGAUUCUCCAAAUUAUAAUACUUUAAAAUAA